UUAAAGAUAUACCAAUACCUAGAAUAGUGACGAUCUUAACCGUCAUUUUCUAAACACAGUUUCCUGCAACAAAUAUUAGGCCUAGACAACAUCAACUGAAUUGACUGCUUUAACAGUCGCAAAGGAUAUCUGUUUUAUUUAUUGGUUGCUAAAAAAUUAUGUUCACACGGGAGAAGGGUAAAUGUCCUGAAGGGUUUGCUCCGUCAUUAGUACCAUUGGCACUGUGUUGUGUUUAGGCAGCUCUCUUAGUUAACCUCCGAAUUUCUCCAGCCUCUUAGACCUGGGAUGGAAACUUGGCUAGCUAGGUUAGCUAACGAAACUGUCAAGCGAAGUCAUAUUAAGGAUGACAUUUUAGCGCAGAGUGUUUAUUUUUUUAGAGGACGGACACCGACAGACAACAUGGCAGCUCUGUUGCUGCAUGGAGGCCGCUACUGUAAACGCGUUGGGUCACUGCUGUCCCGCAGCAGUAACUUUAACGUGAGGAACGAGAGGAUGCGUUUCAGUGCCGGCAUGAGAAGAAAGCCGAACUGUGCGUUACAGCGAUCAGUGUCACCGUUUCCAAUCCAGCCCGUCCGUGGACUAUCAUCGGAACUCAUUCAACAAAUCCUAAACAGACCUCUUAGUCCAGAGUUUUCGGGACUGAGCAAGGCAAUCCUGUAGAAACAAUCUGGGUCUUAUCCAAUAGGAUUGUGGAAAUUUCUUGGCAGUAUCAAUUAUUUUAGCAAAUCUUCUCGAAAGCAAAACAAAGCUGGACCAAAAGGCAAAACACCUGAAGAGGAUGAAGAUGAGAAGAAGAGACGUGAACAGGAGAAUCAGAUGUACAAGGAGCGUUUGCGUACUCUCCUCAUCAUCGCGAUCGUCAUGAGCCUCCUAAACUCCCUCAGCACUAGUGGGGGAAACAUAUCCUGGAACGACUUUGUGAACGAGAUGCUGGCCAAAGGGGAGGUGUCACGGGUGCAGGUGGUCCCUGAAAGCGAUAUCGUGGAGAUCUACCUCCACCCUGGGGCGGUGAUCUUUGGCAGGCCGAGGCUUGCCCUAAUAUACCGCAUGCAAGUGGCCAACAUUGACAAAUUUGAGGAGAAGCUUCGCGCUGUGGAGGAGCAGUUGAAUAUCGACUCGAAGGACAGAAUUCCAGUGUCCUACAAGCGCACAGGCUUCUUUGGGAAUGCCCUCUAUGCUCUGGGCAUGGCCGCCAUCGGGGUCGCGAUCCUGUGGUACAUCUUCCGCCUGGCAGGAAUGGGUGGGCGAGAGGGUGGAUUCAGCGCGUUUAAUCAGUUAAAAAUGGCCAAGUUUACCAUCGUUGAUGGGAAGUCUGGCAAAGGUGUGAGCUUCAAAGAUGUGGCAGGGAUGCACGAGGCCAAGGUGGAGGUGAAGGAGUUUGUUGACUACCUAAAGAAUCCAGACAGAUACCUUCAGCUGGGCGCGAAGGUGCCCAAAGGCUCCCUGCUGCUUGGGCCCCCUGGCUGUGGGAAGACGCUGCUGGCCAAGGCAGUAGCCACUGAGGCCCAGGUGCCCUUUCUUGCCAUGGCUGGCUCCGAGUUCGUGGAGGUGAUUGGAGGUCUUGGUGCUGCAAGGGUGAGGAGCCUGUUCAAAGAGGCCCGGGCACGAGCCCCUUGCAUCGUCUACAUCGACGAGAUCGACGCCGUGGGCAAAAAACGCUCCACCAACAUGUCUGGCUUCACCAACACGGAGGAGGAGCAGACCCUCAACCAGCUGCUGGUGGAGAUGGAUGGAAUGGGCACCAGUGAUCAUGUGAUCGUCUUGGCAUCCACCAACCGGGCAGACAUUCUGGACAAUGCACUGAUGAGGCCUGGCAGGCUGGACAGGCACAUAUUUAUAGACCUCCCCACUCUUCAGGAGAGAAAGGAGAUCUUUGAGCAGCACUUGAAGAUCCUGAAGCUUUCCCACCCUGCAGACUACUACUCCCAGCGGCUGGCUGAGCUCACGCCGGGCUUCAGUGGUGCUGACAUUGCAAACAUCUGCAACGAGGCGGCUCUCCACGCGGCCCGGGAGGGCUACAAAUCCAUCGACACCUUCAACUUCGAGUAUGCCGUGGAGAGAGUCAUCGCAGGCAGCGUGAAGAAGAGUAAGAUCCUGUCCAAAGAGGAGCAGAGGGUGGUGGCCUUCCACGAGUCUGGCCACGCCCUCGUCGGCUGGCUGCUGGAGCACACGGAGGCUGUUAUGAAGGUGUCGAUAGCUCCCAGGACCAACGCAGCUCUGGGAUUCGCACAGAUCCUGCCCAAAGACCAGUACUUGUUCACCAAAGAGCAGCUGUUUGAGCGCAUGUGUAUGGCUUUGGGAGGCCGAGUCUCUGAAGCCAUCACUUUCAAUAAGGUCACCACAGGUGCUCAGGACGACCUGCGGAAGGUGACGCGCGUGGCUUAUUCCAUGGUGAAGCAGUAUGGCAUGGUGCCCACUGUGGGCCACGUGUCCUUCCCUGACACCGAGGAGCAGGGGGCCAUCGGACGCAGACCCUUCAGCCAGGGGCUCCAGCAGCAAAUGGAUCAUGAGGCUAAGAUGCUAAUUGCCCGGGCCUACAGGCGCACAGAGAAACUGCUGCUAGACAACAGAGAUAAGCUAGUUUUGCUGGCCAACACCCUGCUGGAGCGGGAGGUUGUGAACUACGAUGACAUUGAGGCACUGCUAGGCCCGCCUCCACACGGGCCCAAAAGGAUGAUCUCUCCCCAGAGCUGGGUUGAAGCCGAGAAGGACCAACAGGACACGGGCGAAGAGGAGCCCCGCAGACCCCCGAGGAAGAGUGAAGAAGAGGAGGAAGUCCUGGGGCCAGUGUAAAUCCCAGUGCAAGCAUAAUAUCAAAUGUAGAUAUUGGUAAAAGGCAUGCUAGGACUUGUGGGUAAUGUGUACUAGUGCAGAAAUGCCGGUGAGCUUCGAGUCAAAAGCACCAGGGGUGCUUAUUGGUUACUUCUCUAAAACUGACAGAACCAAUAGGCUCCUUCUGUUUUAGAAAGUGUGCAAGCACGUUUUAGCCACACUACUGCAGCUCUAAGCCAUAUCGACAAAGUGAUGGACACCUAUCUGCGGAAAAAGUCAUGUUGCAGCGAAGCUCGUGUGAAUCCCAGAAGUGUCCUUCACAAGGGAGCUGCAGUGGUGUAAUUACAGUAAUGGUGGGCUUGACUUUAAAAUGCAACUACUAUGUCUUCAUUUGUGAAGAUCAGAGGCAUGUGCUGUGUUUGUGUCUUAUGAGACUAGUCUUCUGUGACGCAUCUCGUAAGAAAACAUGAGAGGGUUUGAACCGUCUAGAAAUAAGUGAAAUAAGAAAUAAGUGCUCCAGAUAUGAAGCUGUAUGGUGUCUGUUAACAGGUUGAGGUAGCGUGUGCACAGACUGUUAAUAAGUAAUUCUGGAAAUGAUGCUAAAUAAAUUCAUUUUUUGUGUA